UUUGCAAUUUGUUAUCCUUAGACUCUCUAAUGGCACUGGCCAAAGACCAAAUUCCUCAUGAUUCAAGCAUGGGAAGCAAGGUUCAAAGUUGUGUUUUCAAUGAAAAUAAUGAGUACCACAAAUCAGUGCUAGAAGAGGAAGAUGGCUCACAAAGCACCAAUGGGUUCAGCAAUGAUUCAGCUAUAACCCAUUCUCCUCCUCUAUGUGGCAAUGCCUAUGCUUAUAAGGCCACAAACUAUCAACUUGAGGAGGAACAACAAUCUCUGAUUGAUUUCAAAGGUAGUUGCUACAACACUUUAACACAAGUAGCUAGUGAAUCUUUGCUUAACUUUGAGCAGAACAGAAUGGUCCCUGGCAACAGCUACAUGAAAGAUGACACUAAUGUUUGGGACAACAAUCUGCAUCAUCAAUGGAGUCAGAUUAGUCCAAGAAGCACUUCAGAGCUGCGACCGGUGCAGGAUUCAAGUUGCUUCCAGUCUUCUAGUAGUAGCUACAGCACCAUAGUCAACAGUGCAAAAGAGAAGCAAUUACAUGGUGAGAGUUCAUCAUAUGGUUGGUUCUAUUCUCAACAAACUAUACCUGCUCAUAGCAUCCAGGACCCUGCAGUUCAAGAACCAAUAUCCAAAAAGCGCAUUUCAAUGCAGGCUGAGAAAAUGAAAGCUGGCAAGAAGCAAUGCACAGAUGAGAGUAAAAUGCCAAAAUCCAACAAGUUAGGAGCAUCCAAGGAUCCUCAAAGUGUUGCUGCUAAGAAUAGAAGAGAGAGGAUAAGUGAGCGGCUCAAGACACUACAAGAACUAGUUCCCAAUGGCUCCAAAGUUGAUUUGGUUACAAUGCUGGAGAAAGCAAUUAGCUAUGUGAAGUUUCUUCAGCUUCAAGUGAAGGUGUUGGCAGCUGAUGAAUUUUGGCCUGUUCAAGGUGGAAAAGCUCCUGAUAUCUCUCAAGUAAAAGAAGCCAUUGAUGCAAUUCUUUCAUCCCAAAGAUCAGAGAAACAAGUUCAGCAACCUCAAAGUAGAUGAUGAUGAUGAUCAUCAUCAUGGAUAUUCUAUGAAUACUAUAGUGUCAUAAUUAAAUAAUUGAAGAACAACUUUAGCAGAAGAGCAAGAGAAGCCUUGCUCUGAUGAGAGUUGGUCGUUCUGAAGGGCAUUUUAGAAAUUCAGAAUGCAUCAUCGUGACCAUUAAGAAUAUGUUAAUUAACUUAUAAUCAAUCUUUAAUAUUUAAUUAGCUUCGUCCAAGUUGAACAUUAUAUUUAUUGCGCUUUUUUUUAAGCAGUGUAUGCUACUGGCAUGGGGCUGCUAAUAACUUAACAUGCCCAACAUCAUAUAUUAUCUGUAUGACAACCUUGUACUUUUAUAAUUAUC